GGAAAUGAUUUUCGUCUCCAACCAUGUUGAGGCUCUUUUCUCAUUCUUUCAUUCUGACUAACUUGCUCUUUUUCCCCUCUGACUGCAGUUGAGAACUUCUGGAGAUCUUGCCAUGGGGUGCGGACUGAGAAAGCUGGAAGACCCAGAUGAUAGCAGCCCUGGAAAAAUCUUUUCUACAUUGAAGAGACCACAAGUUGAGACAAAGACAGAUUCUGCUUAUGAAUAUGUAUUGCUGGAUUUUACUUUAGAAGCUUCCUCGAAUCCAGAAGUCAUCAAGAUCAGUUCUGUGUUGGAUAUAGCACCUAAGGUGGAAGAAUAUUACAGCAAAGGAUAUGUUGUGGGAGCUGUUCAUCCUAUUAUGCUGCCAAUUGGACGUAGAAGGAGUUUCCCUGCAAGUCACAUGUAUCGAGUGGUACUUUCACGAUUAAAAUUAAGCCAGAAGCAUGCAGCACCCAGAGGACAAAGGCACCCCAGGCUGGUGAUUGAGGAAUGUCCUUUAAUGUAUGAAACACUGACAAAUGAGGUAGUGAAAGAACUGUUAGAAAAGGUUAACGAAGCUGCUAAAAGAGGGAAGAAGUUUGUGGGAUUUGUAACGCAACAUUUUCCUCAACCUAAAGCCUGUAAUGGAACAAGCACAGAUGGAAGCGCGGAACUGGAAUCAACGCUAGGCAGAAGAAAUAGGGAACACAGAAGAAAAAAUUCUGAUGAAAACUAUAAAAACUGGAAUGAAGGGACGUUGACUGGUCACUCCUCUGAGAGUGGAAUAGAGGAGGAAAUGCAAGGAGAAAGCAGUCUGUUACAGGACGCAGAUUUCCAGUUUGGAAAAGAAGUCAGCCCUGUUAAACCACGGAAAGGAGAUGACAAGCUAUAUACAGUCUUCAAUGUUUUUGAUGAUGAUUCUACCUGCUGGACCUAUCAUGAGGGCGUGUUGUCUAUGAAAGUAACAAGAAAAGGGCCAGUUAUUAGUACACUGGAAGCAGACUGGCUAGAAUUAACCACAUUUUAUUAUAAACAAGGAUUGUCAUUAAUUGAUUCCUUUGUACACUGGGAAACUUCUAAAGGGGACUAUUUGCCUAAAUCUUUAGAAGGAUUAUUUAUCUACGAAGAAGAAGGUGCUGGGGUUCCAGGUUCUAACAGGAAAGGAAAUGAUGCUAUAGUUGUUGAACAAUGGACAGUCAUUGAGGGGUGUGAAAUUAAAACAGAUUAUGGACCUUUAUUGCACACGCUGGCUGAGUUUGGAUGGCUCCUGACCUGUGUCCUGCCUACACCUAUCGUACGACAUGACAGUGAAGGAAAUCUGGCCACAAAGCAAGUAAUUUUUCUUCAAAGACCUGUUAUGUGGAAUUCUGCUGUCCAGACACCAGAGAAGAAAUCCUUAAGACAAGUUAUGGGGGAGGAAAGAGGCAAAGUCUCUAGCAGAAGUGUUGGAUUAGACACCGCUACUUCUCGCCCUGUAGAAACUGGACAACCACCUGAUGAGUUUCACCUAUCUCCUUCUAAGCAGUGUUGGCUCAAGGAGGGAUCCUCCCAGUAUGGAGGCUUCCCAGGAUUCAGUAGUAGUGAUGGAGUAUUAAGGGAACUGGAUGAUGGACAAUUUGACCAAGAAGAUGGAGUCACUCAGGUCACAUGUAUGUGAUAAAGUAAGUAACUGCAUCAGAUGGACAUGUACAUAAUUGACACAAAUGUGUUUGAUUUUGGUUUGGAUUUUUUUAAAUCAUAUUACUUUAAAUGCAUUGGUGUAACCCUAUGCCUUUUCCCAGACUCAUUUUGGUUUUUUGUCUGUUUCAUUGUUGUGUUAAUCCUACUGUAGUAAUACUACUACUGCAAAGUAAUUUGGUUUUCUGUCUCUCUUUAAUAGAAUAUUUACAUGACUGGGUGCUCUGCUAACUUGUUAAUGCUUUUGACAAGCAAGGAAGCAAAUGCUGCGAAACAGUGACAGUUUGAAUUGUGUGAGUGAGAAAGGAAUGAGGAUGUUUAGUAUUUUCCACAAGCUGGAAGAAUGUUUCUGUUUUGUUUUUAAAGCGUGUUGUAAAUAUUGCUGGAGAAAACAAACUGUCUGGCUGUUGUGAAGUUUUAAUGUAAUUUUCACUUGACUUGCCUUUCAUAAAUGCAAAAGCCUAGAGAAAUGUUGUCUUACACCAGGUUUUAACAAUUUAAGCUAUGUUUGUACAGAAAGCCUCUGGAGGUUGUAGGCAAACACUUGCUCCUGUAGUAUAAUUUCACCUAUAUAGGAUUUUAAUACAUCUAAGCCAAAAGCUGUCUGAGAAUGUAGCUUGUAUAAUGAUGUAUUCAUAAUUCACUCAUGAGUGGAAAUUCAGAACCACUCACCCGUGAAAGAUAACUUCCAGUCUAUGAGAAAGCAGUUUGAGAAACUCGCUAAGAAGCACUGACAGCAACGUGCAUGAUGCUGGUAAUACAUAGGAGGAAGAAGUAGGCUAAACUUAACAGGCAAUAUUAGAUAUUAGACUAUAUCCAAAAAUGCUGCUGUAUAUAUGUAAAGUUUCUCAGCUAAAUGCAUCUCACACUGGGUUAAGUGUAUUCAACUGCAUCAAAUACAAGAAAGAAUGUUCAAAGGAUGAAGUAGCUGUGCUUCCAUCCUCACCGUGGGGAGGAGCUGCAUGCAUGAGGGGAGGUUAACACUGGCAGGGCUCUGUGGGGAAAGGCAUGAACAGGCAUUACUUUUAUGCUGCUGUCUUGAAAUUACAUCUUACAGUGGAGAAGCUGAAUAAAAAUGCAUCUCCGGGAGGUAAAUGUGACUGUAACUAAAAAUGGCGCUUUUUCUUCAGUUAGUUUUAGAAGCAAAAACUAUAAAUGCUUAUCACACCGAAGCUAAUGCAAAAUAAUGUGGUGAAAAUGAGAAAUUGGAACAGGACUGAGCAGAUGUAUUCACAACACUCCUCUCAAUGUGUGCAGUACAGCUCUCGCAUUGCUCGGGGGUUCUGAUACCUGUCCGUGUGUGCUGUGCUGCAAACACUGAGACGUGUUGGGCUGCAUUAACUGCUCUGGUGGGGUGGCAUCCACCAGCUGCUCUGGGAGUCUCCCUGUCACAAGGGUAGGUGGUGGCACUAAACACAGUGGGCAAAUGAAUGCAGUGACAGGAACGUGGAUAACUGAUCCCAAACAAGCACCCCAGGAGAUGACCAGGAUGGGGGAACUCAGAUUGGAAUACACCAAGUUAAAGCUUUUAAAGUAUAUCAAAGAAAUUACCUUGUAUAAAGCAGUAUCCCUGCUCAAGAUGGCUGAGUAGUGAAUCCUAAAACUGAACUGCAACUAUUUAAAUGUUACAAUGUAUAAAGUAAUAAAUUGAAUGCAGUUAAUCUUCCUAGACUAUAUUCAUUGGAUAAAAAGAUUCAUUUAAUCUUUAACUGAGAUCUUUUCCUAUCAGCUGUUGAGAAUGCAGAAAAUUCAGAUAAGUAAGUAUCUUUUUUUAAAAGACCUUCUCCCCUUAGAAUUAACAGGAUGCCCAAAAGGGAGAUUCUGGUUUGGAACAAGGUUAGAAAUUGAGUAUGCUCUGGGUGUCCACAGGUACGCUCUAGAAUAUCCCCCCUUUUAGCCAGAAAGCCUUUUUUUCCUGAAAUGAAAUAGAGCCACGUUCCUUUUCAGUAGCCUACAGUUUUAACUGUACUUUAGUCCUCACUCUUGAGUCUGACAGGUGUCAGCAGUGCUGCAAACCUCUGAAUUUCUUUAUGGUCUUUUUAAUUCCAUGCAAAUAUGCUGAAUUCUCUCUUCUGACCCCACUCAGCAAUUCCUAUAGUUAAGGACAGCUGGGUUUUUUAAUGCCAUUUGUCUCUCCAUAUCUAAAGUUGCCACUGUGGUAGAAACAUGCAUCUGGAUUGUUUUUGUAGCUCUGUUGUCUUUCACCUCACAGGGCUACAUUUAGGUUCUGUAUUGGAAAAAAAUAGAACACAAUUCUUCAUCUAGAAAAAAGCUCAACCUGACAAGAGCCAGGAUAGAUACCUGUAGAGUGAGCAGCUGGAGAGGGUAGCACAGGAAUAAAUUCCUCAGCAUUCUUUUUCUGAUACAAGAACUCAAGGGAAUCAUGGGAGUAGUAAGUAGCAGGUUUGAAACAAAUCACGUUAUCUGUUCAGCUGACUGCAGAACUGGCUGCAGCACACUGUGUAUGAAACUGAAUGGAUUUAAAAGGAGAAUGAAAAAAUCUGGAAAGGGAAAACAGCGCCCUGUUCUCUGUGAGCCACUGAACCAGGCACUGCUGGAGACUCUGAAAGCUGCUCUGGCUCAGUGCAUGCUCAUCCUGCCCUUCAGACUACUGUAAGUACCAGUGCUUCAUCCCUGCUGGGCAUGUAGCUGAGAGCAGGGUCCUGCUGGCAAGGCUUGCCUUCAGAGUCACGGAGUUUGUGCUGGGUGUGCUCAGCCUGCGUGAAGGCUCUGCAAGGGUUAGCUGACUUCAUGCACCAGUUGAAGAGCACAGAAUAAUCACCCAUGUUCCUCGGGCAUGGAUGCUGAAACAGAAAUAAUUGAAAAUGCUUCUGAAACAAAUCACAGAAAAUCUUCCAUUUAGUUCUUUGUAGUUCAAGAUUCUGAAGGCCAACUGUAUCUUACCUGGAAGAGUGAAGAGGGCAGGGUGUAUUUUGGGUGUAGGGGAUUCUAACUAAAGCUGCUUGUUUAGUCACCUGGUCUUACAUCAACCAGAGCAUUAAGGUGUGCCUUUAUUAGUGUUGUGACCAGCAGCAGCCAGUAAUUAAACAAAGCUUGUCAAUCAGAAGAGCUGUCACAAUAAGUCUGGCAAGAUGGGGCUUUUGUAUGCUCCUAUUUAUAGAGAUAUAUGUAUGCACACACUGUAUUCGGUUUUCAUUUUACCAGAAUGUAUUUUAUAUGCUCAUCUUUUUAUUGAAAGAACUGCAAAUCAAACUUAAAGCAUGGCUGCAUUCUCUGACCGAAAAACCAGUAAGUACACUUACUUAUUCAGUAACAGGGCUCCAGUUAGGAGCCUGUGUGCCUGAAAUGUAAUGGAAAAGUCCCUUAACUGUAUGUGACAACAGCUAUUAGAAGAACAAAGAUAGAGGCAGCUGUUCAUGAACCCCUGCAAAAGUCUGUUUAUACUUUCUGAUGCUUAAAUUGUUUGGAGAGAAAAUACUUUUCUAGUGUUUACAAGCAGGAAGAAACUAUCCGCUAAUACUGUGCCCUGCUCCUGGUUGUCAGAACAGUUUAUUUAUGUUCCUGGUCAGCUGCAAUAAACUGCUGCUUAACUUCAGCGUUUCUGGUCUGUAAAAUACUGUUUUCUUUUUGUAAUGCUAAGAUCUGGUCUAUAGUUCUGAUAGGAAGCUUCUCGCCAUUAAAAGCACUUACUAAAUCA